CGAAGUUCUUCUCAUGGCUACAGCGAACUCGAGGAGACAACAAAGCACUGGCUGCACCGAGAGCAAUAAUAAGUCUGCUAACGUACAGAGCGGCUGACAAUUUUAUCGCUUGUUCCUGCUCUGAGACUGGAUCAACGCAGCUGCAUAUUCGGCUGCCCCAAUCCAUUUACUCAUCUCUGAUUCCAGCUCCAGGCAGCCGUCAUCCAAACCAACAAACGUCUCGGCAUCCCAACACCCGCCAGGACAGAUCAGCGCCAGGUAUUCCACAUCUCGAGUCUCAACGCUUCGAGCUUCCGCUCCAUCUGAUUCAAAUAUAAAUGGAAAUCAUCAUGGACAAUCCAGGACACCUGCUUCGCAUCCCACAAGGACUACGAGAUAAAAUCUUGGGCCUCGUCUUACCUACUGUGGCAACAGCACCGGAAGUUAUCAUGCUUGCAUCAUCUCUCCCUCAUCGCUUCCAGUAUCCGAAUCUCACUCUCUUACAGAACAACCUGGGAUAAUAGUGAUGACCACCGCCAAGAAGAACACUGCAACCAGUCCUUCCAUUCCAACAGAUGCAAAUACGAAGGAGCCAUUUCCUCGCCAAGUGGUAUCCCUACACUGGAUGUCAAUCGACAAUUGAGACAUGAAACUUUGAGACUCAUGAAGCAUUUGGGGUUGCCUGAGAGGAGAAACUAUCAUUUAGAUAUUAUGGUUGUUAAGGAGGACGAGCUAUGGUGAGUUUCAGAAUGAGAUGUAUUUGAAAAGUUUUUAGAGAUGGGCUCGCAGAGCAAAGCUGACUGUGAAAAAAAUAGGCCAACUUGGCUUUAUGUCCCAGCUGUGACAACAAGAGUCAAUGAAUUGGUCGCAACGAUUCGCAUCUGUGGCCUGCCUGGAGAAAACUAUCGGUAUGGAUUUUGUCAGGCCGAUGGUGGGCCGCCUCGCAUAAUAUGGGCGUUCUGGAAUCUCCUUACUUCUUUUCUGAAUGGAGGACCUCGUGCGCGCGAGAUCAAGCAUGAUGUUGAAGCCAGUAUCAAGAGCCUAGUUAUCGAUAUCAGGACUCCAGAUGUGCCUAUAGAGAUGAUUGCACCUAUUGAAGUCAAGAUUGAAGGCGAACCUUACCUAGGAUACUAUUCUUACGUAUAUAAAGGGCUGCAGAGAUUGCGUGAAGACACUGGAACUCCGUAUGUGAUGAAUCCGACGAUGCUGGUCGAGUUCCUGAGCCGCCAUAUGUGGAACCUUCUCGGUAUGGCAUAUCACACAGCAUCAUAUGGAGGUAUUGUCUAUGAGAGGAUAGGCAGCAUAAGAUUCACAGUUGAUGGAGAGCUCUACAAGGAAUAUGACCUCGCCGAAGAACUUGCGAACCUCCAGUUCCAUGACUCUUUCGGGAACUCUCCUCGCGAAGAACGCCCUGCUGUUUUCAAGGCGUGGAAAGAGAAUGCAUAUAAGAUAAGGGAGGCCUUUGACUUGAAGACAAUCCCUGCUGUUGAGACUGAGAAGCCAGAGGCCAUAGAUGAAUAGUCUGAUGAGGGCUACUUUGGUUUUCCGUAUGUUCUUGGGGUCAACUAUUCUGGCAGUUUCCUGACAACCUCGUCGCUUGGCUCACCCAAUUUAAAGCUUUACUUCCGAGUCUUAGAUCCCGAGGUCAAUAAUCUUCCUCUUCCGAUUGCAUGGCC